AGGUGCGCGGCGCGGACUACAAGUCCCAGCAUGCCCGGCUGCCCUGACCCGGCCCCCGCUGCCGCUUAAAAGCUCCGGGAGCCGCAGCCGUCGGGUCGCCGCGGCUUUCGCUUUGCCACCGCGGCUGGGCGGGCGGGAGCGGCGGGCCGGGCGGCCGGCGGGUCUAGCGUCCGGGCUCCGGCGGUGCCGAGGAGCGCUCAUCGUCCGGCCCUCCCCACCCCCACCCCGAGGCGCCCGCGCCCCCCGGGCUCCCCCCGCCUCGGCCACCCAGCGGCCCCGAUGCCGAGGCAUGGAUAGAGCGGCGCUGCGCGCGGCCGCGAUGGGGGAGAAGAAGGAGGGUCGCGGCGGGGGGGCCGCGGCGGCCGCGGACGGGGGCCCCGGGGCCGCGGCCAGCCGGGCGCUGCAGCAGUGCGGGCAGCUCCAGAAGCUCAUCGACAUCUCCAUCGGCAGCCUGCGCGGGCUGCGCACCAAGUGCGCCGUGUCCAACGACCUCACCCAGCAGGAGAUCCGGACGCUGGAGGCCAAGCUGGUUCGGUACAUCUGCAAGCAGCAGCAAUGCAAGCUGAGUGUGGCUCCUGGCGAGAGGACCUCCGAGCUCAACAGCUACCCUCACUUCAGUGACUGGCUGUGUACCUUCAACGUGAGGCCGGAGGUGGUGCAGGAGAUCCUCAGCGAGCUCACGCUGGAUGCCCUGCUGGACAUGAACGAGGUCAAGGUGAAGGAGACGCUGCGGCGCUGCGGGGCCAACGCCGAGGAGUGUGGCCGCCUGCAGUACGCCCUCGCCUGCCUGCGGAAAGUGACCGGUCUGGGAGGAGAGCACAAAGACGACUCGGGCUGGAGCACAUCGGACGCCCGGCGGGAGAGUGGCUCAGGGCCUUCAGACACCCUCUCGCAAGCCGGGCCGCCCUGGCCCCCAGGGAGCACCCAGCUGGGCAGGCCGGGCAGCAGCGCCCAGGGCCUGCGCUCCGUCUCUGUGUCAGCCCUGCCCGCCUCGGACUCCCCGGCCCCCAGCCCCUGCGAGGGCCCUGCGGACACCUGCCUCCCCCUGCACGCCAGCGGCCGGCUGACCCCCCGCGCCCUGCACAGCUUUAUCACCCCACCGACCACGCCGCAGCUGCGGAGGCACACAAAGCUGAAGCCUCCGCGGACGCCACCCCCGCCCAGCCGCAAGGUCUUCCAGCUGCUGCCCAGCUUCCCCACGCUCACCCGGAGCAAGUCCCAUGAGUCUCAGCUGGGGAACCGCAUCGAUGAGGUCUCCCCGAUGAGGUUUGAUCUCCCAUACGGAUCCCCGCAGAUGGUACGAAGGGACAUCGGGCUGUCGGUGACUCACAGGUUCUCCACCAAGUCUUGGCUGUCCCAGGUCUGCCACGUGUGCCAGAAGAGCAUGAUGUUCGGAGUGAAAUGCAAGCAUUGCAGAUUGAAGUGUCACAACAAGUGUACAAAAGAAGCUCCGGCCUGUAGAAUAUCCUUCCUCCCACAGCCCAGGCUUCGGAGGACGGAAUCCGUCCCGUCGGACAUCAACAACCCGGUGGACAGAGCAGCUGAGCCCCACUUCGGAACCCUCCCCAAAGCACUGACAAAGAAGGAGCACCCUCCGGCCAUGAACCACCUGGACUCCAGAAGCAACCCGUCCUCCACCACGUCCUCCACGCCCUCCUCGCCGGCACCCUUCCCGACGUCGUCCAAUCCGCCCAGCGCCACGACGCCCCCCAACCCUUCUCCCGGCCAGCGGGACAGCAAGUUCAGCUUCCCAGCUGCCUACUUCAUUCAUCAUAGACAGCAGUUUAUCUUUCCAGACAUCUCCGCAUUUCCACAGGCAGGCCCGUCCCCGGAUGCAGCAGACAGUACCCGGCUCGACAACCAGCCCAAAACAGACGUGGUGGAGGAUCACGAAGCAGAGGCCGAGGAGGCAGAGGCCGGCAAGUCCGAGGCAGAGGACGACGAAGAUGAGGUGGACGACCUGCCGAGCCCCCGCCGGCCCUGGCGGGGCCCCAUCUCUCGCAAGGCCAGCCAGACUAGCGUGUACCUGCAGGAGUGGGACAUCCCCUUCGAGCAGGUGGAGCUGGGCGAGCCCAUCGGGCAGGGCCGCUGGGGCCGCGUGCACCGAGGCCGCUGGCACGGCGAGGUGGCCAUCCGCCUGCUGCAGAUGGACGGCCACAACCAGGACCACCUGAAGCUGUUCAAGAAGGAGGUGAUGAACUACCGGCAGACGCGGCAUGAGAACGUGGUGCUCUUCAUGGGGGCCUGCAUGAACCCGCCCCACCUGGCCAUCAUCACCAGCUUCUGCAAGGGGCGGACGUUGCACUCAUUUGUGAGGGACCCCAAGACGUCUCUGGACAUCAACAAGACCAGACAGAUCGCUCAGGAGAUCAUCAAGGGCAUGGGGUAUCUACAUGCCAAGGGCAUUGUCCACAAAGAUCUCAAAUCCAAGAACGUCUUCUAUGACAACGGCAAAGUGGUCAUCACGGACUUCGGGCUCUUUGGCAUCUCGGGCGUGGUCCAAGAGGGACGGCGUGAGAACCAGCUGAAGCUGUCACAUGACUGGCUGUGCUACCUGGCCCCGGAGAUCGUCCGCGAGAUGACCCCCGGGAAGGACGAGGACCAGCUGCCUUUCUCUAAAGCUGCUGAUGUCUAUGCAUUUGGGACUAUUUGGUAUGAGCUGCAAGCAAGAGACUGGCCCUUUAAGAACCAAGCUGCAGAGGCCUUGAUCUGGCAGAUAGGAAGUGGAGAAGGAAUGAAGCGUGUCCUGGCCUCUGUCAGCCUGGGGAAGGAAGUCACUGAGAUCCUGUCCGCCUGCUGGGCUUUCGACCUGCAGGAGAGGCCCAGCUUCACCCUGCUGAUGGACAUGCUGGAGAAACUGCCUAAGCUGAACCGGCGGCUCUCCCACCCGGGGCACUUCUGGAAGUCUGCUGAGUUGUAGGCCGGGCUGCCUUGCAUGCGCCGGGGGCUUUUCUUCCUCCUAAUCGACACGCAGCACCGCGACUUCUGCUCAAGCUCAAACUGAGACGCGGGCACUAACCCGGGGGAUGCGGUCUCUGCUGCCCGGAGCGUCUCUCCGGAGACUUCUUCUGUCGCUUUGUGUUUGAAACCGACCCCCACCCGGCUCCACGGCCUCUGUGUGCCUGAAUCACUGCUGCCCGCGAGGGUCCCCUAACACCCCCGUCCCCCCCCCCCCCCCCCCCCACCAGCACGUUGGCCUCCCACCGGCGAUACUGCUCCCACAGCACAGCGAGUGGAGAGGUUUGGCGUGGCUGCCGACCUGCAGAGAGCUUGUCCAGCAAGGCCUGGGAUGAUUUCAGAGCUGCCGAGGGCCAAGGGAGGUGGACACCAGAAGUCCCGCUGUCGUGAAAGACGCUAGCCUGCAAGGGCUUUGUCCUCAGCGACACGCUUAGGAAAAUUGUCCCAAAACAAAGCAGGGGGCUGGGGAGGGAGCUGUCGCCAAACGAUUUCACUGAUAAGAACAAAGCUUCCGCCCCCGGCCCCCACGAUGUUAGCUCCCUGUAAGUCCACCGGUGCAGACAGAAAGUACCAGACCCCAAGUUGGCGUUCAUCGAGGGUGUGGCCGUGCGGCCGCGCACCCUCCCAGCGCUGCUUACCGAAUGUACAUUCGUGGGGUCCCUCCCACAACCGAGCCCGGUCUCUCCGAAGGCGGGCUCUGAGAAUCUGUGCUUCAGCUUGCUCCCCGCGUGGUCCCUGAUGCCUGGGACCCUGUCCCAGAGGAGUGUGUGGCAUCCCUCUCAGUACUUGGGGGCAGGUUUCUCUCCUGCUUGUGUUUGGAGCCCUGCUCUGCUGGCUGCAAGUGACCAAGUAGAUCCAACGAGCCCACAGCAGUGACUGGGGCUGGGGAAUCUGAGACUAAUGAGCCCCCCGCACCCUCGGGAGGGCGUGUGGCUGAGUCUUAGCGCCCCGGCCACCCGUGACCAGGCGCAGCUCAGCCAAGGCCACUGGCACAGUCACUCACUUCCUGCUGGAGCUGGGUCCUCCGCAGGGCUUCCAAGACUGACCGGCUCCCUAGCUAACACCACCCCGCUUCUGAGCAAGACCAGCGCGGCCGUAACCCUUCUUUCUGUUCCUCUUCGCAGCAUUAACAGCAGCAAAGUUGUGCCCCGGUUUGAAAGGUUUGGCCUGGGUGUCCUGGAGCCCAGUAACCCAAAGAUGUAGCCAACGUGGGCGGUUUUUCUGCCGAUUCCUUUCUUUCUUAAAUGCGUUCCUGAAAUCUCCAACCAAGCACCGUGACACAAGCGAAAAUGCCCUCCGAGACCUCAGUCCCCCCUCCUAAGUGCCGCAACCCAGGAGCGGGAGUCCUCGAUUCAGACCGUUCAUCCAACAGAAAUGCCCUGGCCGGAGAGGAGCUGCACCUGCUAUUUCUUAAAGUGACAUCGCCAACACCCAGACCCGCCCUGACAGGCAGCGGAUGUUUACAUGUGCGUUUCUGUGGAGUGAACUCGCCGCUGCACAGUAGGGAAUAAUAAAAAGUGCUCUGCAGCGGUGCCCUGGUACUGCCGGCCAGGGUGGUGGAAGCGACCUUCCCCUCCCCCAUCGGCAGCGAGGAAGGAGGGAAGAACAGCAUCGUGACUGUGGCUGUUCUCGGGGUAGGGUGGGGGCGCCGAGGUGUGGCCCGGACUCUGCUUUGUCCCGAAACCCCAACUGUGGGUGAUCGCCCUCUGUAGGGUUCUCCCCGUAACCCCCUGAGGGGACACGAUCCCUUGUUCCUCUGGCAGAGGAAACCCCGGCUAGGAACCAAGCUGGAUUAUGAGAGAGGCAGGAUUCCUGUUUCCAGAGAGCUCAGGCUCCCCUUUGGCCCCAGCGACCCAGCCUGUACCUGCCGGAAAAAUAGAGACACCUCAAACCCAGAUAACAUCUGGACCAACCCAGUGGCCGGUAGAGAGCGCUUGCUCUGACGGUAGAGAGGUGCCC